AUGAAUGCUACAAGUCAGGCCGGUACAAAUGGGCCAGAAAAGGCUCGGAAUACUCGUGCAAGGUCGAUUGCGGGUCCUUCGGGAUCUCCGAGCCGACAGAGAUCAACACGCAAGCUGGAUCGACGCCCAUUUCCCUCCAGCAGUCCGCUGAAACAGCGAGAGUUCCCUUUGUCGACCGUAAGGGAACCUGAAACUGGUGAACAAGACGUACCACAACCACCAUCGAGGACUUCAAGCCACCGCCGAGCAGUGGAUCGAUUUGCCAGACAAUUGGAGAUAUACGCAGAACGUAGGGAGGCCGCGGGCAAAUUGCCAGUCACUACUCCAACGCCAGAGUCUGGCCUCUCAUUGCAUACCGUAACAGCAUUGCUACCGUAUCAAGAUCAGUUUCUGGCAGCUGGUCUGGCGGUAACGUCUGCCCAGCAACAGCACAAAUCGCAAUCUAAUAGGAGCCCAAUGAAGGUGGAAAGAACCGAGGCCGCACCAGACAACCAAAUGCUACAUCCGAUCGAGGCGCAAGAGCCACAGUACCAAAAUAACCCUGGCCACCUUCAACUUAAUGGCUUGAGGAGUAGGACUUCAACAUCGACCUCCUCAGACUCCAGCAGCUUGAGAACACAUGUUGCCUUUACUCAACCAGAUGCGUGGGAACUUGCAUUCAUCGACGAAUUACCCCCUAAAAAUUCUGACCCGUCUUCUAAAUGCUGCAAACUACCCUGUUUCCCGGGCCAAAGGGAUGAAUCAAGUGAGGUUCCAGCCAAUAGAGCUCCGCCCAUUCCCUCACCAACAACAAUCGAUACUCCGAACAAGAUCUUGUCGAAGUGGCAACCGGUAUAUCCUCAACAAGACAAAUUUGUCGUCAUCAGAUCCCCAGACCCUCGAGUCAAAACGUGGCAUGGUAAUACUAUGCAGCAGCCGUCGACUUAUCGCCCGAUAAGCAAACCUCGUGUAGAGCAUGAGUAUAUCGAAGUAUCAAGUCCGACGACCCAGCAACCUGAAAAUCCAGUACAGAAGCAGGAGAACCUACCGCCAAUCCCCAAAAAAGCUUCAGGCCGUCUGAAAGCUUCGACCAAGCCACAUGAAUUGACGCAGCUCAAUUCGUCAACGGUAAAAGGAUGCCAAAUGCCCUUGAAAAGUGGUGUGCUCACUGAGGACGGAGGUGUUUCACUUACCAACAAACAUUUGCCUAGAGAGAUUUCUGCAAUUGCCAAGCGGCCAGUGAAGGCAGCUGCCAAGUCCGUUUCAAAUGAAACCGCCCAAAGUGCCCAACCCAGUAGGAGCCGGGGGCAAAAACAAGCAAAGAAUUCGCAAAAAGCGGCCCGUAAACCCUUAAGGAUAUCUACCAGACAACCAGAACGGAAGGCUAAAGAAAGAGCAGCUCGACAAGGUAAACCGGUAGAAGUUGAUCACCCACCAAUCUUCUAUUCUGUAAGGAUGUUUCGGAGCUUGCCGGGACCAUCAAGGAUUUCAGAUGAGAGAAUCGAGAAACGGUCGGCCACUACAAGCCACACAACCAUCUCGGCAAACCCCGAUUUGCCGUCUACAUGGAGAUUAACCCUUAGUACCUCCUCUUCACUCAAGGUUGCCAUGGAAGCGGCAUCACAAGAGAUGGAAAAUAAAGAGGCCAAAAAGGCCAUGGGCACAGGUCUUCCAUUGAAUGGUUUGUUGGAGGAAGGGCAACCUCAUAUAAAUAAUGUGAAGAGUUACGAUGAGAGUCCUUCUUGUUCUGUCGACAAAGACAUCAACCCGCCGACGGAGAUACAGUAUAAAAUGCCACAUGAAAAUCCUCAAAACAGUGAGGGUUCGUCUCCUACGGAACUUGAUGACCGAAAAAUUGACGACAGGGAUGUAUUGCGGGGCCUAAACAUUGCAAUAUCUGCGGCCUGUAAUGAAGAUGUGGAUGCUUGGAUCAGACAGAGAACAGGCGUUCGCAUUCGGCGUUUUUUAGCUGACUUGAGAGCUUUUGAAACCCUUGGCGAUGUUGAGCAACCUGAUCCUAAGCAUGAGCUUGCGAGGAACAGAAGAGCGGGAUCAAGAAAGCUCAAGGCACAAAUUCAACAGUCGAGAGCUGCCCGGGAAGCGAGAGCGCAUUGA